AUGCUGUGUUUGCAUUUCCCCCCUCUGUUGUCCAAGGAUGACUUCGAAAGUUUGAGAGUUCUUGGCAAAGGAAGUUAUGGCAAAGUCUUUUUGGUGCGCCACAAGGACACAGGUGGUGACAAGCUCUACGCCAUGAAAAUGCUGCGGAAGGAGCACGUCUUGAACCGUUGGCGGCUCAAGUUGGGCGAUCCCGAAGUGUUGGAGCACGUGUCUCACCCUUUCAUCGUUUCCCUUCACUAUGCCUUUCAGACGCCCAAGAAGCUUUAUCUGGUCCUGGACUACUGCCCUGGCGGGGAGCUCUUUUUCCACCUCAGCCGUGCCGGACGAUUCUCAGAAGGGCGCACGAGGUUCUAUACUUGUGAGCUACUUCUGGCAUUGGAGUACUUGCACAGCCUGAACAUUAUUUUCAGGGACCUGAAACCAGAGAACGUGCUGCUGGAUGAACACGGUCAUGCAAAGCUUACAGAUUUCGGACUUUCGAAAGAAGGCAUUUGCGAUAACUUCUCGGCCCGAACGAUGUGUGGUACCCCUGAGUACCUUGCACCAGAACUCCUCGAUAGCAAAGGUCAUGGGAAGGCAGUGGAUUGGUACUCGUUAGGCGCUUUGGCCUACGAGAUGUUGACUGGCUUGCCACCCUAUUACACUCAGGACCGGAAUUUGCUUUUCGAUCGAAUUCGCAGAGCUCAGUUACAAUAUCCGCAGUACAUCAGUGCUGUGGCCAAGGCUUUGCUACAAGGCCUGCUAACAAGACAGCCAGAAUCCCGUUUGGGAGGCGGCCCAGAAGACGGUGCUGAAGUCCGAGCGCAUAGUUUCUUUGCCACGGUGGAUUGGCAGGCCCUGUAUCAGCGCGUGGUGACGCCACCUUUCAAGCCGAAGGUGGCAGGUGCUGGUGAUGUUUCGAACUUUGAGAAGGAGUUUGUGGAUAUGCCUUUGGGCGUUUCUGAAGCAGACGGGCGUCCUGGUGCUGGAGUUCACUUCGAUGGCUUCACCUAUCAGGGUGAGUGA